AUGGCAGUGAUGAGCCAGUGCAACUCUAAGAGCUUCUUCAUCUUACUGCUCCUCAUGACGUUCUGUGGAAUCAUCGUACUCCAUCAGCAGGACUUCUUCCAGCAGUUGUUCACAUUUAGGCACAACAUCUACAGUUUAAUAUGGAACCAAACACACAACCAUCUAAAGCUGACAUCACACACACUUCCAUCAGAAAAUAACCAGUGGUGGACGUUCCGCACUUCAGACGCACCAACUGCUACACCAAGCACAAAUGAACUGGAGGUACUGACCACUGAGCGUGGUGUCCUUGACCAUGAAGCGUAUCCACACAAUUACCAGUUCAUUAUAGACGAGCCAGACAAGUGCCAACAAGAGAAUCCGUUCCUGGUCCUGAUGGUGCCAGUAGCUCCUCAACAACUGAAGGCUCGCGAUGCCAUACGGAGCACGUGGGGAAACGAAAGCUUGGUGCAGGGGAAAUCCAUCUCCAUGGUGUUCGUACUGGGACUGUAUGGAGGAAAAGGAGCAGAAAAAAUGCAGGAGGAGCUGAGGACGGAGAGCGAGCAGCACCACGAUCUGAUCCAGAGCUCCUUCCUGGAUAGCUACAGGAACCUGACCAUCAAGACCAUGGUGAUGAUGGACUGGCUGGCUACACGCUGCCCGCAGGCAUCCUACGCCAUGAAGAUCGACUCAGAUAUGUUCCUAAACCUGGAGAACCUCAUGAGCUUGCUCCUGGCACCAGACACUCCCAAAAUGAACUACAUCACCGGAAUGGUCAUGUCGAACCGGAUGGUCGUGAGAAACAUCCACUCCAAAUGGUACGUAUCCAAGGAGGACCACCCCGACGACCAGUACCCGACGUAUCUACUGGGCAUGGGUUACGUCUUCUCCAACAAUCUGCCCGAGAGGCUCGUCAGGGUCUCCAAAUUCAUCAAACCGUUUCCUAUAGAGGACGCCUACGUGGGCGCGUGUCUGAAGGAAUUAGGAGUCUCGCCGUCCUCGCCACCCGAACCGUCAAGGUUCAAAGCUUAUCACAGAGGACCGUUUAACCGAGAUACAUUCACCUGGGUGAUCACCACCAUCCUCAGCUCACCAGAGCAGUUAGUGAUGUACUGGCAGAACCUGAAGAACCCCAAAUUAAUGUAA